GGUCAGCGCGCACUGCUGCGUCUGACGCUCUGGUUGCCGCAGAGACGCCCCGCCCCCGCGCGGCGCUGCGGAACCGGAGCUCCGGGCGGCGUCGGCAGAGGCGCGGGAGGUGCCGAGACCAGGGCAGGGCGGCAGGAGCCCGCGCGGCGACCGCAGCGAGAGCAGCAGAGACAGAGCAGACCACGACGAAGGCGCACAGGCAGCCGGGCCGGGCCGGGCCACCGGGAGAGCGGCCGCCGGGAAGCGUGCGGAAGGCCGGGCUGGCAGCUGGCAGCCGCCGAGCCGCGAAGCGACAUGGUGCUGCUCAAGGAGUAUCGAGUCAUCCUGCCUGUGUCUGUAGAUGAGUAUCAAGUUGGGCAGCUGUAUUCUGUGGCUGAAGCCAGUAAAAAUGAAACUGGUGGUGGGGAAGGUGUGGAGGUCUUGGUGAACGAGCCGUAUGAGAAGGACGACGGAGAGAAAGGCCAGUACACACACAAGAUCUACCACUUACAGAGCAAAGUACCCACGUUUGUUCGAAUGUUGGCCCCGGAAGGAGCCCUGAAUAUACAUGAGAAAGCCUGGAAUGCCUACCCUUACUGCAGAACCGUUAUUACAAAUGAGUACAUGAAAGAAGACUUUCUGAUUAAAAUUGAAACCUGGCACAAGCCGGAUCUUGGCACCCAAGAGAAUGUGCAUAAACUGGAGCCUGAGACAUGGAAACAUGUGGAAGCUAUAUAUAUAGACAUUGCUGACCGAAGCCAAGUACUUAGCAAGGACUACAAGGCAGAAGAAGACCCAGCAAAAUUUAAAUCUGUCAAAACAGGACGAGGACCUUUGGGCCCAAAUUGGAAGCAAGAACUUGUAAAUCAGAAAGACUGCCCAUAUAUGUGUGCAUACAAACUGGUUACUGUCAAGUUCAAGUGGUGGGGCUUGCAGAACAAAGUGGAAAACUUUAUACAUAAGCAAGAGAAGCGUCUGUUUACAAACUUUCACAGGCAGCUGUUCUGUUGGCUUGAUAAAUGGGUUGAUCUGACUAUGGAUGACAUUCGGAGGAUGGAAGAAGAGACAAAGAGACAGCUGGAUGAGAUGAGACAAAAGGACCCAGUGAAAGGAAUGACAGCAGAUGACUAAUGCCACCCCACCCCUUUCUGCACUUUUUGCAAGACAGUGGUCAACAGGAAGGCCCAGCAGCUCCACCCUCCUGAGUGGCAGGCCGUCUUUGGAUGCAGCCUUUCUGUGCUCAUUCUUCAGGCAACUUUCAAUCCCCUACUGUAGCUAUUUCUAGAUGCCCUUUAACAUUGUGAACAAAUAGACCGUCUGGUAUUACAAAGCCUGUGUGUGCGGGAGCCUGAUCCUCUAAGAUAUAUGGUGUAAGCUGCUGUAUUUACAGCUCACCCCUCUCCCCAUUGUGUCCUGACCCAUUUCUGUAUCUCCCCCUUUAUUUCCAAGUGACAUUUUUAGUCUUUCAAAUUAGCUGCCUUUUGUGAUGUGAUUAUUUAAGCUCACUUACUUCACUUACUUCAGCCUGAGCUAUUUUGCUUCCUGGGCAGAUCUUUGGCAAUGUUGAGUAUUCACUUGGGGAGAGAGGAGGAGUUAAAAAUACAGAGAUACCUGUCCCCAGUUCCACACAGUAGGAAUGUGGCUUCAUAACCCUGACCUCUUCUCAUAGUAAUCUCUUGUUCAAGUGCUCUAAGCACCAAGAAAGUACCCAAGGCCCAGCCAGUCUAAGGAAAUUUAGCAAAUAAUAAAUAACCCCUACUCAAGUCAUUGUAUCUCUGGUUAAUCUUGGCUUAGAUUAUCUUGGCUUCUCAGUCCUCCUGUUGCCCACUCUGUCUGAAUCUCUUUGCAGAGCCUACAAGAAACCCAUCAUUUCCACCUGGAGAGUUGUCUAGUGUGGGCUGUAGAUGCCGAUCAGACCCUGAGCUCUGUAUGUCCAUGCUCCUCUCCCCUGCUGGACUGGUGCUGCCACUCAGCAAUAAUCCUAUGUCUGUGCUUUUGUAGGUCCCUGUCCUCUUUGAGGCUGGUUAGGAUGCAAGAGUCCUGGUCUCUUCAUGCUGCACAAAACAAGCAUGCCAAAAGCUUUUUUCCCUAGCAAAACACGUCCCUUCCUGUUUCUAAUCACUGGAAAGGAGUUUGCAGAUCUAGAACUCAGCCCAUACUGUCCCAUGCUGAGUUCUGUACUGGACAAUCAAAGGCAAGCAGUGACUGUAGCCUAGAACUCUUUCCACUGUAAGCUGGAGAAUCCCGGGCUCCAGGGAGUGGAAGCUGCUGAGCACCUCCUAGUUUUUCUAGAUUGGCAGAAACUGAGUAUGCCUUCAUGGAGGGAGAAUGUGAGCUACAUGUGUCACCUGACAUUUCCCAAGCCUUGUUUAGUCAGCCAGCCCAUGCUAGCCUGGGUAUCUGUUAGAGAGACCAAGUCUCUUUUAGGGAGGAAGAGAUAAGAUGGAGUCAUUGAUGCUUGUUUUUGUUGGUUUGUUUGCCUUACUCAUUUCUAAGUGCAAUAAGGGAGUGUCUCACAGUACUGUACCUGUGAGAUUCUGAUUGGAUACCUACCCGUGGUCUUCUUGGAGCAAGGGUGGACAGAUUUGGGCUCCUCAGAAUGGUUAGCUCUGAUCUUCAUUGAGUUCUUUUGAGACCAGGAGAUUUCCUGCUAUAGAAACCUCCUCUGUAUUAGUCUCCUCAUUUUGUGGAGUCUUUAGAAACAAACUCGGGACUGUUCUGUGGCUCUCUAAUCCUAGGAUCAAACCCUUGGAUGGUGAUCAGCAUCUCAGCUGCUAGUAGUAUGGGAAAGUUGGAGAAGAGGCAUUCCUAAUGGAGAGAAAUAUAAAUGUUCACCUACAAGUUCCGUAUUACUUGUCAAUCAUAUUUGUGCUUAAAGAUUUUCCUUCAUUAAUUAGGUUGAAGUUCAGAAGUGAGUUAUCUUGAGGGAAACUCAUACUCUAAGCAGACACUUGUUAUGUGGCGUGAGGUCAGAUGUUGGUCUCCUUCAGCACUUCUUUGAGAUUCACACAUAUCAGUCACAUCAGCUCAGUUCGGGCUUGCUCCUAUAUGCCUUUGCUCUAGCUCCUCCUGCCUCGCCACCUGUUGCCCAUAUAUGAAAGCACCCAAAUGUUACGAACAAGAAUUUCCUGAGACUAGUCUGGAUUUAGGGCUCCUGCUCACAUAAGCAAACACAAAAGAGGGAUGUUCUUCAUUUGUCCCAUCCUCAUGGAUGGUGUUGCUGCUGGGCAAGUGUUGGCUUUUAAAUAUCCCCUUUCCUUACCUGCCCCCCAGAUCGACUCUCAUUCAGAGGGCUCAAGACUGGUGAUAAUCCCUGAGGGUGUCAUGCCCCUUAAGACUGGCUGUGCUCAUUAGACUUCCAGGGUCCUACAGCAAACUAAAAGCAGCAAUGCCUCUGCACAAGGCCUGCUGACCUUCUUCCUUGUGGAGAGGCAUUGGGGAAGGAUAGGACUGGGUCACUGUUGUGGGCAUGUGUAUAUCCAAGUUCUCCUUUUCCAGUCCCCACCGGGACCCUGACUUGCUUGGGGUUGUUCUUAGUGCUGCUUCUUUUACAAACCACACUUUGUAGAACUGACUAGAAUACCAUGUUGAUUUAAUGUGAGUUUGUGCCUUUUUGUCUCAAUCUUCCAAUACAGGUAUAUUGGGGGAAAAAAGCAGUCUAAUAAAAUCCUAGACAGAG